AUGGUUUCCAUCGUUCUAGGCAGUCAAUGGGGAGAUGAAGGUGAGACCGAACUCGUUUUGUAUCCUAGGAACGUGGCAGCGGAGAAGAUGAUAACUGACAUGGAGUCACUAGGCAAGGGCAAGAUCACAGAUAUGCUGUCGCAGCAGGCAACACUGUGCUGUCGCGCAGCUGGUGGACACAAUGCCGGUCACACCAUCGUUCACGAAAAUGUCACCUACGACUUCCAUAUCCUGCCUUCCGGUCUGGUCUCACCCUCAUGUAUCAACUUGAUCGGUGCCGGUACCGUUUUCCAUGUCCCCAGUUUCUUCAAGGAACUGAAGGCCAUCGAAGAGAAGGGUCUGUCCUCCGCCAGCAAGCGCAUCUUUGUGUCUGAUCGUGCCCACGUCUGCUUCGACUUGCACUCCGUUGUCGAUGGCUUGGAAGAGGCUGGUCUGGGCGGUCGCAAGGUGGGCACCACAGGAAAGGGUAUUGGUCCCUGCUACAGCGACAAGGCCGCCCGCCGUGGUGUGCGCGUCGGCGAGAUCCUGGACGAGGUGACCUUUGAGCGUAAGCUUCGCACAUUGGAUACUUCGUAUCGUGCGCGCUUCGGUGAUCUUGAUUAUGAUGUUGAGGAGGAGAUUGCUCGCUUCAAGGAAUACCGCACGAUGCUUAAGCCCUUUAUCGUCGAUCAGUUGGAGUUCUUCCAAGAGCACAAGAACUCUCCCAACACCCUUGUCGAGGGCGCCAAUGCCCUCAUGUUGGAUCUGGAUCACGGCACCUACCCCUUCGUCACCUCAUCAUCCACAGGUCUUGGCGGAGCUGUCCAGGCUCUGGCCCUGAACCCAUCUAGCAUCAAGUCUGUCAUUGGUGUCGUCAAGGCUUACACUACUCGUGUCGGUUCUGGUCCCUUCCCCAGCGAGCAGCUGAACGAGGUCGGUGAAAAGCUUCAGCGCGUUGGCCGUGAGUUCGGCGUCACCACCGGUCGCCGCCGCCGCUGUGGCUGGCUGGAUCUGGUCCUGUGCCGCUACUCGCACGCGAUCAACCACUACACUGCGCUGAACCUCACCAAGCUCGACGUUCUGGAUGACUUUGAGGAGAUCAAGGUCGGCGUUGCUUACGUCUUGCCCGACGGCAAGCGCACCACCUGCAGUUUCCCCGCCGAUCCCAACGUCGUGGAUAAGAUCCAGGUUGAGUACAAGACGUUGCCCGGCUGGAAAUCCAACACUAUGGGCGUGACCCGCUACGAGGACCUGCCCGUCAACGCUCGUGCUUACAUUGAGUUCAUCGAGCGCGAGCUCGGUGGUGUUCCUGUCAAGUGGAUCGGCACGGGUCCUGCUCGUGAUCACAUGAUCGCCCGCGAGUAA